AUGGCUGUUAAUGUGAAACUAAACGUCCUCAUUAUGGUAUUGAUAAUAUUGGCUGCGAUCAUUUCUCUGUGUGACGGAGUGACUCAGUUUCAUUAUAAACACUACACCUACAGGAAGAAACGGGACGACAGGCGCUACAAAUCUGCCAGACAGCGAUGCGAGAUGGAUGCAGAUUGUCAAGGUCUGUGGGGUUUGUCACAGACCAAGUGUGUACGAAAGUGUAUGUCCGAGUUCUGCUACAGCGAGCUCUAUGGUGAUGAUGAGCUCGAGGAAGGGGAGAUAGAUGUUCGGUUAAAUUCAUUUAAAGGCUGUCUGAGCCAGGUGAAAAUGGAAGACUUCUGA